AUGACUGAUCUUAACCUAGAGAAGAUCCUGCUGCCCAAUGCUCACGUGUUCCGGGGCCACGAAUUCCCUGUCGCGUAUGAUUUGCACAACGACGACGGCAGCCAUUCGCCAGACGAUGUGGCGGCUUUCCUGGCGGAGCUGGGCACGCAGGGGUUUUUCAACGAGCAGCUGAAAAAUCACGGCGUUGUAGUUCUCCGGCACACAGGCACCACCGAUCCAGAGGUGAUCUCGCGGUACGUGGAGGCAAUUGCCACGAGCAGCGGAGACGCAGAAUUCGAGCAGACCGGGGCGACCGCCAAGCGGACUAUUGUCACCCCACAUCUGUCCACUGCCAACGAGGGCCCCAGUGGCAUGACGAUUUAUCAGCACAACGAGUUCUCGAGGUUUCUGAAAUACCCCAGCAAGCUAUUUUUUGUGUGCACCAGGUACAAGGCGUCUGGCGGGUCAACGCCUCUUGUGCACGGCGGCGAGCUGUUCGCCGCUCUGGAGCAGAUUUAUCCCGAUUUCUUGACCGAGCUGGGGAAUAAAGGCCUGUACAUGAAACAGACCUGGCCGCUGGAAACCGACAAUAACACGGCGUGGAGAGAUUACUUCUGUUUCGGCAGGAACCUGGACCGAGAUGAGGACCUGGAGACGCAGAAGAAAAAAGCCAGCGUUUUGGUGGAGGAAUUUGUCAGCAGGGACUACUACUUCGACGAGAACAACGACCUCAUCGUGGGCCAGCACUCGAAGCCGAUCAGGAGCUACAAGGCGUCGGAAACAGAGUCGUAUCCGGUGCUAUUCAACAGCAUUGUCGCCUACUAUGGCGACGCCAAGUUCAAGUCCAACGCGUACCAUAAAACCGCUGCUCUGGAAUACGACAACUCCAUGCCUAUUCCGGAAAAAUAUCUAGACGAGCUAGUGGAGCAGUCGAUCAAGCUGGCGUACCACCACGAAUGGCAGGAGAGCGACAUUGCCAUUGUGGACAACCUCCAGGUGAGCCACGGACGAGAGCCGUGGGCCGGCGAACGGCAUAUUUUGGUGAGCAUGUGGGACAGGGUCAAUAAACCAGAGUACGAGCCGUGGACCAGAAAAUAG